AUGGAAUUGGUUGUUCUCGACGAAGACAUCGUCAAUGCAGAUACUCCAGUUGAAACUAUAUACACAGAAGCUAAAGAAUCUGAAUUAAUGAGGAAAACAGUAACUAGUGAUGAUGAAGCAUAUAAUUUGUACAAUGAUUAUGCUUUUAAGAUUGGUUUUAGUAUAAGGAAGGGAAAUGUAAGAACAGUUGGUAAGACUUCUGUUUGGCGAAGUAGGAGGUAUGUAUGUUCAUGUGCUGGUUUGAAGAAUGACUCUAAGAGGCAUGUAAGGAAGUUUGAGAAGUUAGAUUUUUGUACAAAUUGUGGCGCUUUUGUGGAGUUUAUUACUGAUCCAGGUGUAUGGACUGUUGUGGAUCAUCAGAUGGAACAUAAUCAUCCUUUUAUACCAAUUGACAAAAGACAUUUGUUAAGGUCUCAAAGAAAUGUGAAUAAAGAGCAAUUGAAGGUCAUAAGUGUAAUGAAGGAAAGUGGUGUUAGGGUAACUGAUUCACUACGUCUUUUGUCCAAAGAAGUUGGUGGUUCGCCGAAUCUUGGGUGUACUCGAAAGGAUAUAUACAAUGCUUUGACUACUGAAAAGGCCAAUAGACUUGAUGGCUCGGAUUGUAAUCAAUUGAUCAAGUAUUUUGCUCAAAGGCAAGCAAAGGAAGUUGAUUUCUAUUAUGAGUUUGAGGUAGAUGAAGGAAAUUCCCUUACUUGUGUUUUUUGGAGAGAUGGAAGAAUGAAAAGGGAUUAUGAACACUUUGGUGAUUUGAUGGUUUUUGACACUACUUAUAGAACAAACAAGUAUGGCAUGAUAUGUGCCCCUUUUGUUGGUAUGAAUCACCAUUGUAACAAUGUCAUGUUUGGGAUGAGAUUUGUUCUAGUUGAGAAAACAAGCAGUUUCAUAUGGUUGUUUGAGUCUUUCAUGAGAUCAAUGGGUGGUGGGCGUCAUCCGAUUACUAUAAUGACAGACCAAGCACCUUCUAUUGCAGCUGGUAUAAGAGAAGUUUUCCCAAAUUCUAGACAUCGUCUGUGUACAUGGCAUCUUACGGAGAACUCAAAAACAAAUAUCGGUAAAUUCCGAGUUUUGAAGGGGUUCACUGAUCUUUUUGAUUAUCUGCUCAAGUACUGUGUAACUACUGCUGAAUUCGAACAUUAUUGGCCAAGGAUGAUGAACAAGUACAAUUGUAAUGAUAAUGAUUGGUUAAAUCAUUUGUACUCGAUCAAAGAAAGAUGGUGUCUAGCCUAUUCUAAAGAAUAUUUUUCCGGAGGAAUUUUGAGUUCCCAAAGGAGUGAAACCACAAACCGUUCGGUUUCUCAUAGAUUGAGGAAGACGGAUGGGUUGUGUGAUUUUUACAAGACUUUUCUUGAUGUUGUGGCUGAGUGGAGGAGUAAGGAAAGUAAGCAGGACUUUCGGUUUUUGAGAGGUAAUCGUCAUUUGGCGGUUGCUAAUGUAAGUCUUCUUAUUCAUGCUAGAGAGGUUUAUACAAUUUCGGUUUAUAUUGUCUUUGAAGAUCAAUUUGCAAAAGCUAUUUCUUGUUCUCAAGAGAGAAAGUAUGAAAAUGAUGAGACAAUUAGUUACUUGGUAUGGAGGCCUAAUAAGGAUAUUAUUAGGCAUGAGGUUGUUUUAAAUAAAUUCACUAGGGUAAUCAAUUGUACAUGUAAGUAUUGGAGUGAAAUGGGUUUAUUGUGUUCACAUUCCCUUCGUAUUUACAACAUUCAUUGUGUUCAAAAGAUACCCGAAGAAUACAUAGUUAAGAGAUGGACCAAAACCGCGAUGUGUAGUCAUGUGGUUGAUGAAGAUGUUGUUCAAGAGAAUGUGAUUUCUUCUUCUAUUUGGAGAGAUCAUAUGUUAAGAAAGUUUAUUCAACUUGUUACAUCUUGCCAAGAUCACCUUGAAGCACGAGCUGAAAUUGAAUAUACAUUUGAAAUGUUAAGGGAGAAGGUUGAGAGUGUUAGGGGGCUAAUUGAUUUUGAUGAGGAAGAAGAGGUUCAAGAGGUUGAAAAUGAUGCACAACCUAUUCAAAAUCCGAAAGUAAUUAGGAAAAAGGGUGAAAGGAAUGAUAGGCCAAAGAGCACUAUUGAAAAAGCUUGUAAUAAGGCCAAGGGGUGGAAGAAAAAAGUAGAUAAAUACAAGGAUGAAGUUAAAGCUACUGCUCAAAAGGUUUUUCAGGUUUUAGAUGAUGAUGGUGAUCCUUUGACUUAUUCAUACCCAACAACAAAAGAUUCAAGUCUUAAUGUCCUUCCAAAACAGAUGAAUGGGCAAUCAUCAAUGGGUAAUGGACGACAACCCUCAAAGAAAAACACUAAUACGAGUAAACCUUCUUCAUCAAGUCAAUUUGGAUAUCAAGCUAAAAAAGGAAGUUUUCAUUAUGAGAACAACAAAUGGUAUCAGUAUUUUGAUGUUGGGCGCAAUGCUACAAAUGAAGGGAGUGAAGUUGGUGGAUCUUCAAAUGUUUCACAAUAUAAUGAAAUGUUAUUCAUGUUUGAUAAGACAAUCAAUGUUUAG